CGCGGGUCUUUUUUUUCUGCGACUCUACUGCGAAUGUAAAUGUCUUCAACGGUGUGUGUGUGAUAACGUACUAUGGCUGCUGCGGUUGAGGAAACAUCUGCCACUGGCGCUUCUCCAAGUGAGGAAAUCAAGCCAUACCAAAUUCAUGUCUCAUCACGAUAUCUCAACCUCACAAAAGAGAAACUCGAGAUCACACGACUGCCUCAUGAGCUUUCAAGCCCGAGAUCAGAAGAUUGGUGGGAGCCUAAGCCUCAGAUUGAGCCUUUGAUUGACUUCUGGCUUGAAGAGUACUCAUGGCGCUCACACGAGGCUGAGCUCAACGCUCAAUUACCACAGUUCCGCACUGGCUUCUCGAUACCACAAAGUGAAGCCCCCAUCAGACUGCAUUUCAUUCACAUUUGUUCUACUCAUUCUAAUGCACUACCUCUUCUUAUGAUACCCCCUUUUCCUUUCACAAACUUGUCUUUUGGGCAUAUUAUUAAAGCUUUUACGGAUCCUGAGGAUGUCGCUACUAAUCAACCUUUCCAUUUGGUUAUUCCAUCACUCCCUGGUCUCGGCUUCAGCGAUGCGCUGCCAAACAACACGCCGGUUAUCUCAACUUCUGGGGACAUGCUUGAUUCUCUGAUGGCACGAUUAAACUACCCACGCUAUCUUGCGACCAAUAUGGGUUCAGGGUCAGGUUCGCCUGCUGAGAUUGACUGGCAGCUCGCCAACUAUUUAGCGAUUCAUCACCUGGAUUCCUGUCUAGGAGUUCAUUUUAUUUCACCACCGCUAGCACAACCCAAGUUGCAGGAGGCACCACUGGAAUGGGCGAAAUGGUCUCUCGCCAGUCUGCUCAAACUGCCGAUGCUAGGUUAUCUGAAAGAAGACUUUUCCGCGCUUGAGAGGAGUCGUCCGUCUACGAAAGCGAAGGCAACUGCUAUGUCAGCUCAGUUUGGCUUAAAUCAGUUGGGUCUGCGGGAACCAAACACACUUGCGUAUGCCCUCUGCGAUUCGCCGACUGGCCUACUCGUCUUUGCACUUAAGAGCUUGCGGUUGUUGGGCCCGAAACGCGAGUUCACGCAAACAGAACUUAUCACUUUUACACAACUGGCCUGGUUGCCCGGCCCCGAAGCCGCAAUGCGCUUCUGGGCAUACUGCUUGCAACAUCCAGAAACAUGCAUCCUUCCCAAGAAGGCUGUAUCACGACCGAAGAUCGCUAUCACUGUGUUUCUCGGUGACGAACCAGAUGUGGCUGAGGUCCAACCUGCACAUCAGGUCGGCGACGCUGAAGCACAACCACAAAAGCAGGUGCAACCUGAAGGAAAGGACGGUUACGCCUGUCCCAGCUGGGCGAACGCCAAAUACCACGUCGUUCAUGCUCACAGGGCUAGCGGCAAAUCUGGGCUGCUUGCGUGGGAAAGACCUGAGCUGGUCUUGGCCGGUGUUCAAGGGCUAGCGAGAGAAGUUUUAAGACUCGACUCGAGGCUCCAGCCUUCUGCUGUGCCCGAAACGGUGCCGUUGCAACAAGUAGUGGCAGGUACAAGUGGCGCCGCAGAACAUGCGAACGAUGCGGGGCCAACGACUGGGUCAACGGAAGCGGCAUCGUCAAUCCCUGAGACGAGAUUACAGCCCCCGACUCCUGGCCCAGGUGCUCUCACAGAUGCUCUCCUAGCCCCUAUACCCGAAGAACGAGGGCAACCCCACCGAGAGAUCAGUGAGGAGACGCGAGUAGCAUCGGACGCUGAGGAGCAAGAGGCGCAUUUAAAAGCGAAGAGCGAUGAUACCUUAGCUGGAACGAGCCCUCAUGUGAAACCUCUCGACUCACCUAGUCACGUUUCUUGAUGAUGAAUGGCAUGAGAUUAGGAUGAUGGAGAUAUGGACGAAAGCGCCCGGAACAUUCACCGGGCGGUACUCUGCAAUCUAAUGCGCAUACAUACGAUACCCAGAAUUAACAAUAAUCUGAUAAUAGUUUUUGUGUACAACAUGUG